UCCACAGAACAUCUUGAAUAUCUUUGAAAAUCUUCGGCCUCCUCAGACCCCUCUAUAUUUUCUCUCUCUAAACCCCUCCUUUCUCUCUCUAGAAUCUUCUUCGUUGUAUGGCAGUAAGCAUUUUGGCAAGAGAGGUAUCGGACCUUUGUCUUGGCAAGCCUCCGCUACGGCUGCUUCCGGCGACUUCCACCGUCGCGGAAUCGAUCACCGAGUUGAAACGGUCCGGCGAAAGCUAUGUGAGCGUGUGGAGCUGUGAAUCUGCCGGCGGCGAUUAUAUUUGCGUCGGAAAGAUUUGCAUGGUGGACGUGAUAUGUUAUUUGUGCAAGGAGGAGAACAUUGUUCGCCCUCUGGCUGCUCUCCGGUCACCGCUUUCCGAGAUCUUGCCAAAGGUUUCCGGUAUUGUUCGUCACUUGGAAGCCAAUACUAGCUUAUUGGAGGCAAUCGACUAUAUCCUUGAUGGGACGCAGAACUUGAUUGUACCUGUACAGAACAAUUCGAGAAAAAGGGUCCUGAGAAAACCAUCUUCAUUCUGCUGGCUAACACAGGAAGAUGUCGUUCGCUUCCUCCUCAACUGCAUAGGGGUGUUCUCUCCUGUUCAGACAUUUACAAUUGAGUCGCUAAAUAUGAUUGAUGGAGAUAUAAUGACUGUGCACUAUGAUUCCCCUGCUUCCUCUAUUUUGUCCUUGAUUUCUCAAUCUCACAUCGAGCAAAGUUCAAUUGCAGUAAUUGAUCAAGAAAAUCGACUGAUAGGCGAGAUCUCUCCCCUCACUCUUGCCUGUUGUAAUGAAGCGACUGCAGCCGCUGUUAUGACUCUUUCAGCUGGUGAUCUCAUGGCCUACAUUGAUUGCGGCAAUCCAUCAGAGGAAUUGAUUCAGCUGGUGAAGUCGGAGCUGCAAACGAGAGAGCUAGCAGGAAUGUUGGAACUUUUGGAAGAAUUUUCCAUCUCAUCUUCAUCUUCCAGCUGUUCUUCAGACGAGGAGUUAGGAUCCGCGAGGUAUUCAGGAUCCAAUCGGAGUUCCAUAGCAAGGAGGUCCGAAGCAAUCAUAUGCUAUCCAUGGAGCUCUUUAAUGGCAGUGAUGAUUCAAGCACUAACGCAUCGCGUGAACUGUGUCUGGGUUGUUGAAGAGGAUUUCAGCUUGGUCGGAAAUGUGACAUUAGCAGGAAUGCUGAAAGUUUUUCGCAGCAUUGCUGCUUCUCGGCUUAAACAAUAACCAUUAUUAAUAACUAUUAAGUUAUCCUGAGUUGUCACGAAGUAGACAUGUUAUGAUCAACUUGGUUGUGUGCGUGAUGUGAUGCGACUUGGCUAUUAAAAACUUUCAUCACUGUGAUUGUAUUUUUGAAAAUUUUCUAUCAGACUACCUAGCCUAUUUUGUUAGAAACUUAAAUUAUUGUUUUGUUCGAAAUCUAUGCAUAUAUUGCGAUGA